AUGCCCAAAGUGUGGGAGAACAUUUACGAAGGAGAGCAGCGUCGCUCGACACCUGAGCCAUUCACCGAAGUCGUUCCUCCCCAGCGUCGCGCAGGGGAUGAUACCAACAGCAUCCCGGAAGUUUACGAUGGGGAUCACUGGCACGAUAACAUCGACGAUGAAUUCAGAAUGUUUGAGGAAUCGCUGGAGGAAGAGUAUGAUGGCGCGGGGGCCUGUUACUCCCAAGACGGCUCGACCUUCCUGGAUUUAUUUGACGCCGAUGAAUACGCAGAAUGCAGGGUAGACAACCUCUACUAUCCGUUCGCAUCCAAAGAAGAGUGGGAAAUUGCCGAUUAUCUCCUGCGCUCGUCCCUCAGCAUGGCAGCAAUAGAUGAAUUUUUGAAGCUUUCAAUGAUCCAAAGAUUGCAUCUUUCGUUCAAAAACGCCAAAGAACUACGAAGCCGUGCUGAAAUGCUCCCUAGCGGACCAAGUUGGAAAUGCCAGACUAUCUCCUCCAUCCAUCCUACCAAGUCUCCAAUCCGACUCUUUUGGAGGGACCCCGUGGAAUGCUUGGAGAGCCUUUUCAGCAAUCCAUUGUUUCACGACAAGCUUGAUUUCAUCCCUCGCCGCGUUUACAAAACAGCAGAGCGGCUUUUGCGUGUAUAUUCGGAAUGGUUAACAGGAGAUUCCGCUUGGGAAAUGCAAACACGACUUCCCAGAGGUGCUACAGUUCUCGGCACCGUUCUUUCAUCUGACAAAACCAACAUCACCACCAUGACUGGUGCCAGGGUUGCCCACCCUCUUCUUCUAGGCCUCGCCAAUAUCCGCAUGUGUACCCGCACAAAACUCUCGUCUAAGGCUUUCCUGCUCACGGCUCUCCUUCCAAUUCCAAAGUAUCUACAUCCCAAUCAACGAAUGCGGGGCAUGCUUGAAGACCGUCUCGUCCAUGAAUGCCUUUCGAUCGUUCUGAAGCCAUUGAUGAAAGCUGCUGAAGUCAGGAUUAUGAUGUCCGAUCCGGUAGGAAACGUCCGCCAUUGCUUUACCCCUCUCGCAGCAUACAUUGUUGAUACCCCAGAGGCGGCCAUGCUUGCAUGUGUGCGCGGAAAGACCUCUCCUUUCACCAUGGCCUCGUAUUUGCAGUUUGGGGAUAAUUUCCGGCACCCUGCUCGUACGCGCUCCAUCACUCUUGGACAGCUCGCUGGUAUUACGGUCAAUCCUGAUGACCUGGAGGCUUAUUUUGAGGCUUGUGCUGACUCGCGGCUGAACGGCGUCCAUGCACCAUUCUGGAUGGAUUGGCCGCUUGCAGAUCCCUCCAUUUUUCUGACGCCAGAAUCAUUGCACCACUGGCACAAAGAAUUUUACGACCACGAUCUUCAGUGGUGUAUCGUGGUCGUUGGAGCUCAGGAACUAGAUUUUCGAUUCUCGAUAUUACAGCCGACUACUGGUUAUCGCCACUUUUCUGGCGGAAUAUCUAAACUGAAACAAGUUACAGCCCCUCGUCGUUUUGUCAUCGCGAUCCGUGCGCUCAUGGAUCUUCGUUACCUAGCGCAGUGUCCUGCACCCGAUGACAAUCUCUUGGCGUGUAUCGACCGAUCUUUGUCGACUUUUCACGAACACAAAGAUGUUAUCUUGACCUUAGGCGCACGGAUGGGGACAAAGAGGCCUAUUGAAAAUUGGUAUAUUCCUAAGCUUGAGCUCCUACAGAGCAUCACUUCCAGCACGCGCAAAGUCGGCGCCCUCAUACAGUGGUCUGCAGACGCUACCGAGCAUGCACACAUUUCUGAAAUCAAGGAACCUGCACGGCAAACGAAUAACAAUGAUUAUGACCCACAGAUCUGUCGUCAUCUUGAUCGGGAGGAGAAGUUGCGACGUUUCGCAAUUGCCACAUCGCUCAAGAACCAUCCCGCAUCCCAUGAUCCCAAUUUUAGGGCCGAAGACAUUCUUGAAGAGGACGACCUGGACGAUGGAGAUGAACAGGAAACGAACGAUCCGCGAACGGCACUGCUCGAGGAGAUGAACCACACUCGUGUUGCGACCGAUUAUUUCCGCAAAGCCAGGCAAAUGGCUACUGCAAGAUGCGAUUCCAGUAUCCCUCAUCGAACGUUUAUUGCUGAAAACACUGCCAUCCACCUCAACUUCAGUCCAUCUCGCUCGGGAGUCAAACUUGAUGAUGUCAGUACUGACUUCAACUUACCGGAUCUGCAUGUUGCGCUUUCGAGCUUCUUACAGCAUGACGCGCGAGAGAGAGGAAUAGUUCAUGGGGUGGGGGGGUCCAAGACAGAGACCGUCUAUCGAUCGUCCACCAAUCCUUCCAUUUGA